ACACGUGUCACACAUAAGGUUUCUCUCUCUGUUUUAUUUUUUUCUUUCUUUCUAGGGACCAACCUUGAUUGAAGGUCUGCCAUAGCACAUAAUCCAAAAGCUUCUCUCUCUAUUCUAUAUGUGAUUAUUGAAGAUUAAGGGUGAGUGAGUGAGUUGGAGACCGAUCUUGGUGCCGAACAAGGAGUGUUUGCUUUCACCAUUUGGACCAAGCCAUAUCCAAUCCCAUCUCCACUUCUUUCUCCUCUUUCUCUCUCUCUAAAACUCAUCAACAUACAACCAUUCUCUCUUUUCAAAACAUUGCUUUAUUAUUAUUAUUAUUAUUAUUAAUUGUCAAAAUAGAUGGGAUGGUAUUUUGGUAAUGAUUGAAUGCAAUACAAAAACAGGGAUUCAAAUUUGAUUGAUGAGAUACUACUUUUUUGAAAGAGGUUGUUGAUCAUGACUGCUCCUUCUUCUAAUGCUAAUAGUCUGAUCUCUGUUCUUCCUGAUGAGCUCAAGUUUCAAUUUGAGCUGGAAAAGCAAACCUUUUGUGAUCUAAAAGUUGUCAAUAACACAGAACAUCAUGUUGCGUUUAAGGUCAAAACCACAUCUCCUAAGAAGUAUUUCGUGCGGCCAAACACUGGUGUUAUACUCCCUUGGGACUCAUGUGUCAUAAGAGUGACCCUCCAAGCGCAACGAGAUUAUCCCCCGGAUAUGCAAUGUAAAGACAAAUUUCUCUUGCAGAGUACAAUAGUUUCUCCAAAUACUGAUGUGGAUGACCUUCCACAAGAUACUUUUACCAAGGAGGGUGGAAGGGCAUUAGAGGAGUGCAAGCUUAGAGUUGUGUAUGUCACAGCUCAAGGAAACUUAGACGAUGAAACAACAAGGAGCUCUAUGCGCAGCCCCGAUACCACUUCUAACCAGACUAUACAACAGCUCAAGGAAGAAAGAGAUUUAGCGAUUAGGCAAACACUGCAGCUUCAGGUGGAACUGGAUUUGGCUAGAAGGCGAAAAAACAGGAAAGGCGACCCUGGAUUCUCCUUUAGGUUCGCCGUAAUAGUGGGAUUCAUCGGAAUAAUGGUGGGCUUCCUUUUUAACCUAUUGUCCUCUUCACCAACUACACAAAAUUAAAAUUUAUAUGUUCAAAUCAAACUUCUUCAUAAGACCUUUUCUUAAAAAUAUAUAUAUAUAAAAAAAAUUGUUUUUUUUUUUUUAGUUUUUUGGGUUGAAUUUAUUUGUAUACACUUUGUCAAGUUUCAGUUGAGAUUGGAAUGGGAUGUUUGCUCGUUUCCUUCUUUUCUCUGUAUAUUGAAAAUCUUGCAAAAUUUAUGUUAUGAAUUUCCUCCUUUAUAGAUUAUGAAACUUUUGGUCCU